GGAAUAAUCUGUCGUACGGCGGCACGUAGCGGUGCUCCGAUCCGCGGUGGGGUCCACGAGGGAGCGACGACGGCCGUCAGGUCGUCUGGCGCGCGACGUGCACGAUGAUAUAUAAUCCUCGCCGGUGAUUUCGCGACGCGAAGAUAAAAGGAAAAGAAGAGUGAGGAGAGAGAAAGAGAGAAGAGUGACCAGAGCAAGCAUUCGUCAUGUUCCACUAUCUACAUCUCAGGAGUCGUUUUCUACAGACCCUGAUCCUCGCGCUGAUCGGCCUGACCUUCUACGCGUACUACCGCACCGCCGCGUACGAUGUUCGCCAAUACAGCUUGCCACGAAACACCAGUUACUCCGCAUAUCAAGACGGCCUUCACGUGCACACGAAUCUCAGCCAGUCGAAAAACUCCAGCUCGGACAGCAUGUCUCUGAGCCCGUACGCAGCGCACAACUCCAGCAACAGCUCCUCGAUUUUCAUCACCACGCUGUCAACGUCCUCCAGCGUGCAGUCCUUGUCCUCGUCGUCUUCCGUGAGCACGUUGGUCAGCAGCUCGAGGCAGAGCGCGAACGAGAAGCUUCAGACGGCACGAGUUAUCAACGUGACCAAGUCGGCGCCGAUCGCGGUUCGCAACGAUUCGGCGCGCGCCAUAUACGAGGCCGGGCACACCGUGUCGAUCGCCGAGCGCUGCCCGAAUCUCGGCAAGGACAUGGAUCUGGUGGUAAUCAUAAUGUCCGCGCCGACCCAUCUCGAAGCGCGAACAGCGAUCCGACAGACCUGGGGGCACUACGGCCAGCGCAGCGAUAUGAGCGUGCUCUUCAUGCUCGGCACCACCCUCGAUCCGAGAGUGGAGACGAUCCUGCGCAAGGAGCAGAACAUGUACAACGACGUGAUACGCGGUCGCUUCCUCGACUCGUACUCGAAUCUCACGCUCAAGACCAUCUCGACGUUGGAGUGGGUGGACACCUACUGCUCCAAGGUGAGGUAUCUGCUGAAGACCGACGACGACAUGUUCAUCAACGUGCCGCGGCUGUUGGCGUUCGUGUACAAGCACGCGAAAGACCGUAACGUGAUAUUCGGCCGGCUGGCGAGAAAGUGGAAGCCGAUCCGGAACCGCAAGAGCAAGUACUACGUGUCGCAGGCGCAAUUCCAGCAGCCUGUAUUCCCGGACUUCACCACCGGUCCGGCGUACCUGCUGUCGAGCGACACGGUGCGACGUCUGUACGACGCCGCCCUGGACCAGACGUAUCUGAAGCUCGAGGACGUGUUCACCACGGGGAUCGUCGCGCACCGGCUCGGCAUCAAGCGCUCGCACGCCAACGAGUUCCUGAACAAGCGGAUACAGUACACCGCCUGCAACAUCCAGCGCGGCAUCAGCAUACACAUGGUCAAGUACAGCGAACAGUUUGACCUGUGGAAGAAGCUGCUCGACGGUAAGAGUAAGUGCAAGUGAUAACCGGCCGGGCGGCUGAAGGCGACGAAGGUCCUACGCUUGACCCUGGCGAACCAAGUGGUGCGAUCGUUACCGCCUUAAUGCGAUUCGAGUGCCGGUUAUACGCGCCGACCGGCUGACGCGAUACCAACCGUCGUCGUUUCACUGACGACCUCUCUCGCACACGUAUACCCAUAUAGCCCCGCGCGCGCGCGCACGCACAUGUAUUCGGUUCCAACUUCGAGUGAGUGGCACAUACACACGCAACAACAUACAUACAUACAUGUACACACAUACACGGAGGGUAUAGUGAGAAAUUGUGUGCCGCAAAACCCGACGCAGAGAAUCUCGCCGCUUGAAUUUUUUACACGAAGCACUCGAUCGUGUCACCAAAUCGGGCUUCUCCUCACGGAGGUCGAACGAAAGUGAUAAAUCUUUUAUCCCUGGAGGAUCUCCGGGGGCUGAAAGACGGAAUCUGCUAUUUUGUAUCUUUUAUAUAUAUUUCUGUGAAUUCCAAAGAAAUAUUUUUAUUGUCGUA